AUGCGUACAGUAAAAGACGAAGCGCUCGAUGUGCUGGCUUCCAUAGGAUCCAUCGAAACAGAAUACCCGCCCGCUCCAUACAGGCCAUUGGAUCAAUAUCACUCGAAGCCUAGCAAGAUUAGAGUCGCUGGAGCGGGUGCCGGUGCGACGGGAAUAUGCCUUGCAUACAAACUGGAGCGGUUACUAGAUCCUGGAACAUGGGAACUUACACUCUUUGAGAAGAACCAACACUUCGGAGGUACUUGGUUUGAGAAUACGUACCCAGGUGUGGCAUGUGACAUUCCUGCACCCAUGUACACCUAUUCGUUUGAUCCAAAUCCGAACUGGUCACACUACUUUGCUUACGGAUCGGAAAUUCAAAAUUACUUCGAGGACUUCGCGAAACGACAUGGUGUACAAAAGUAUAUGAAGUUGAAUACUAAAGUGGUCGAAAUCAACUGGGAUGGAAAUCAGGGAAUAUGGAACAUCGUGCUUCAGGACCAAGUGACCAAGGAAACGUGGAGUGACUGGGCUCAUGUCUUUGUCAAUGGCACAGGACUUCUCAAUACCUGGAAGUGGCCUGAAAUCAAUGGCUUGUUCAACUUCAAGGGUUCACUGAUGCACUCGGCGAAAUGGAAUCACGAAGUAGACUUUGCCAAUAAGACUGUUGGAGUCAUUGGGACUGGCAGUACCUCUGUCCAAAUCCUGCCACAGUUGCAGAAAAUUGCAAAGCAGGUGAAGGUAUUCAUGAGAAGCCCGACUUGGAUUAGUCCUCCGUUUGGUGGAACCGCUCUAGCAACCUUACGAAAAGGCGCAGAGGUGAGUCUCAGCACAAGGCAAUACAAAUUCACAGAAGAGGACAAGCAGCGUUUCCGAGACGAUCCAGAAUAUUUUUUGGAGUUCCGUAGAGAAAUCGAAGCGGAGAUAAACAUCAUGUUUGAGAUGUACAUGCAAGGUUCUGAUGUAUCGAAAAACUUCAAGAAGCUCAUCGCCGAGGAAAUGAAGAGACGUAUUGGUCCAGGGCAAGAGAAGCUCCUCGAUUUUAUCAUACCAAAAUGGUCGCCUGGCUGUCGAAGAGUGUCACCUGCAGAUGGAUAUUUGGAGGCGCUAGUAUCACCCAAUGUUGAGCCUGUCUAUGGAGAAAUCGACUAUAUUUCGAAGAAAGGAAUAGUUGUGGACGGCCAAGAACAUGAGAUGGACAUACUAGUUUGCGCAACGGGCUUCCAACCUGCGUUCAAACCCCCUUUCAAGGUUUGCUAUUCUUCAUUUGGGUGA